ACAACAAAGAAAAAGAAAAACUUUUUGUUGGCUUUAUGAAUUUCCAAAGCAAUUCAUGAGUGCGGAAGGGAAAGAGAAAAGAGAAAAAAAGUCUAGGCAGGCCGUUGAAUCAAACUUAACGGCUUGGAUUGGAUUCCGACAUUCCUCAUCCAACGGCUGUACCCUUCCCUGAGACUCCACGCUAAUGGUCAAAAAUCUUGGGCCUCAACUAGAAACAGCAAGAGUUUGAACGCAACGAGUGGUCGUCUUUGAAAAUUAGGAGGAUGACGUGGUCAAUCUCCGUCGGUUUGGAUUCGAUUAUUAAUUAAUUAAUUAAUUAAAGAUUGAAAUUGAAGAUGAUGCCCGCUGCUGCGGAAAGGGAAAGCAGGAGGAGAUUCUGAUGCCAAAUCCUCCACCGACAUAAUUACUAUCGUAUCGUUUAUAUUUACGGGAAUUUUGUUGGUGAUGCUUGCUUGGUUUCUCUUCUUAAGUAUUAUUGUUAGCGUUGUUGUGUACGCUGUCUGGGUUUCCCCAUCCAGAACUUUCCUGUUUUUGAAUUCCAUUUCAAAAUCUGUGAAGAACAUUAUGGGGUGGGGAAACAUUUAUAGAAGACGUAUGAAAGUAUUCACAGCUGCUUUGAUAAUUUACUUGGAUUAUAAGGCUGUACAGCAAAGAGGGAAGUGGACUAGCAAAUCAAAAAGAACUGCUUUAUGGGAAAAGGCUCACGAGCGCAAUGCUAAGCGUGUUCUCAGUUUGAUAAUAAAGUUGGAAGGUUUAUGGGUGAAACUUGGGCAGUACUUAUCCACACGUGCUGAUGUGCUUCCUGAAGCGUAUAUAUCCCUUCUCAAGCAACUACAAGAUUCUCUUCCUCCUCGUCCCUUAAAAGAGGUUUGUCGGACUAUACAGAAAGAGUUUGGCAAGAGCAUGGAUGAUCUCUUUGCUGAAUUUGUGGAAAAACCUUUGGCGACAGCAUCAAUUGCGCAAGUCCAUCGAGCAACUUUACUCAAUGGGCAAGAGGUGGUGGUUAAAGUUCAGCAUGAUGGCAUCAAAGCAAUUAUAUUGGAGGACUUAAAGAAUGCAAAGUCAAUUGUGAACUGGAUAGCUUGGGCAGAACCACAAUAUGACUUUAAUCCAAUGAUAGAUGAAUGGUGCAAAGAAGCCCCUAAAGAGCUUGAUUUUGAUCAUGAAGCUGAGAAUACUCGAACUGUGGCUGCAAAUCUUGGCUGCAAAAAGUCACCUGGUGAGAGCUACUCUUCCAACCGCGUGAAUGUUUUGAUUCCAGAAGUUAUUCAGUCAACCAAAAGUGUCCUCAUCUUAGAGUACAUGGAUGGAAUUCGUCUGAAUGACACUGCAUCUUUGGAAGCUUUUGGUAUUGACAAACAAAAUAUAGUUGAAGAAAUAACUCGUGCAUAUGCCCACCAAAUAUAUGUUGAUGGAUUUUUUAAUGGUGAUCCCCAUCCUGGAAAUUUCCUUGUAAGCAAAGAAGCUCCUCAUCGUCCAAUUUUACUUGAUUUUGGUCUUACAAAAAAACUAUCAAGCUCUAUGAAGCAUGCACUAGCAAAGAUGUUUUUGGCUUCUGCCGAGGGUGACCAUGUGGCUCUUUUGUCUGCCUUCUCAGAAAUGGGCCUCAGGCUGCGCCUAGAUAUGCCUGAGCAGGUUAUGGAGAUAACAAGUGUAUUCUUCCGUAGUUCUACACCAGCAACUGAAGCUCAGCAAAACUUGAAAUCUUUGGCCGAACAAAGAGAAAAAAACAUGAAGGCCAUACAGGAAAAGUUGCAACUCAACCAAAAAGAAGUUAAACGCUUCAACCCAGUUGAUGCAUUUCCGGGUGAUAUUGUAAUCUUUGGACGGGUUUUAAAUCUUCUGAGAGGGCUCUCAUCCACUAUGAAUGUCCGCAUUGUAUAUAUGGAUAUCAUGAAACCAUUUGCUGAAGCUGUUCUAGGAAACAUUAAUAAAACACCAGCAGCAAAUGCACAGUGGAUCUACAACACACCGGUACAUUCUGAUGUGGAGGCCAAGCUGAGGCGGCUCUUAGUUGAGUUGGGAAAUAAUGAUAAAAUACUAGGGAUUCAGGUAUGUGCAUACAAAGAUGGGGAGGUUAUUAUUGACACUGCUGCUGGAGUACUUGGAAGAUAUGAUCCUCGCCCAGUUCAGCCUGAUACACUUUUUUCUGUCUUUUCUGCGACAAAGGGUAUAACUGCAGGAAUGUUACACUGGCUGGUAGACAAUGGAAAACUCAAACUUGAUGAAAAUGUUGCAAAUAUUUGGCCAGAAUUUAGGGGAAAUGGAAAGGAGCACAUAAAGGUCCAUCAUAUACUUAACCAUACAUCUGGUUUGCACAAUGCAUUGGCUGACCUUAGAGGAGAAAAUGCUUUCCUAAUGACCGAGUGGGAUGCUUGUUUGAAACUGAUUGAAGCAUCACAACCUGAGACUGAACCUGGGAAGCAGCAGUUGUAUCAUUAUCUAUCUUUUGGCUGGCUAUGUGGCGGAAUAGUUGAGCAUGCUUCUGGGAAGAAAUUCCAGGAAAUUCUUGAGGAGGCUUUAAUUCGUCCUCUCAAAAUUGAAGGCGAGCUAUAUGUUGGAAUCCCUCCUGGUGUGGAAGCUCGACUUGCUAAUCUGACACUAGAUACAGAUGAUCUGAAGAAGUUCUCAGAAAUGCGGAAUCGAGCUGAGAUGCCGUCGACUUUCCAACUAAACAACAUUAGUGAAUUUGCAGAAUACUUGCCUGCUUUCUUUAAUAUGCUUAACGUCCGUCGUGCUAUCGUACCUGCUGCUAAUGGACAUUGCUCAGCUCGUGCACUUGCACGCUACUAUGCAGCCUUAGCUGAUUGCGGUGUGGUGCCGCCACCACAUUCCUCUGCUUCAAAUCCACCGCUUGGCAGCCAUCCGCAUAUCCCCAAAUUUCCUUCGAAAAAGACUGAUGAAAAGCAAAAGGGUAAGGUGGAUGGUGGUUUGAAGAAUGAAAGAAGUGAUGGUAGGCAAAACGUUUACAUCAGGAUCGAGGAGGACGAUGACAACGAUGAAGAGAAGUGUAGCAAAAGUAGCAGGGAUACAAGUAAGGGGGCAGGUCCUGAAAACAAGAAGGGCAAAAUAUUUUCAAACCCUAGGGUUCAUGAGGCAUUCAUGGGAGUGGGUGAAUAUGAGAAUAUGUGUUUGAGAGAUGGGGUAUUUGGACUGGGAUUUAGGAGGUUAAAAUCCAAAGAUGGGGACGGGUCAUAUAGUGGGUUCGGGCACUCGGGAAUGGGGGGAUCCACAGGUUUUUGUGAUGUAAAGAACCGUUUUGCCAUGGCAGUGACACUGAACAAAUUGUCAUUUGGAGGGGUGACUGCAAAGAUUGUAGAGCUAAUAUGUUCAGAGCUGAAUCUGCCAUUGCCGGAGGGGUUAUCAGGCUCUGGUGAUAUCAACAGACCACUGAUUAAUUAAUUUUAAUUCCGCCACCAGCAUUGCGUUUUCUUACUAGUGUUCCAUCCACACGCGUUUACUUGUAGUAUACGGAUUGGAUUUUUUAUUUUAUUUUUAUAAAUAAAAGAGGAAGUGGAUGGACGAUAGUAUGUAAUACUUUGUAUUAUUUCUUACAUGAAAAUUUUUCACAUUAUAUAUUAUUUAGUUGUCUGCUUUCUAGAA